AUGAGGCCCCUCGCGGCCCCUUCGCGGCACGUUGCCGCCCUUCCAGGCCCCUCGCGGCCCCUUCGCGGCCCCGUCGCCGCCCCUAUCGGCCCCGUCGCCGCCCCUAUCGGCCCCGUCGCCGCCGCCAGCGGCCCCGUCGCUGACCUCUCAGGCCCCUCGCGGCCCCUUCGCGGCCCCGUCGCCGCCCCUAUCGGCCCCGUCGCCGCCCCUAACGGCCCCGUCGCCGCCCCUAUCGGCCCCGUCGCCGCCCCUAUCGGCCCCGUCGCCGCCGCCAGCGGCCCCGUCGCCGACCUCUCAGGCCCCUCGCGGCCCCUUCGCGGCCCCGUCGCCGCCCCUAUCGGCCCCGUCGCCGCCCCUAACGGCCCCGUCGCCGCCCCUAUCGGCCCCGUCGCCGCCGCCAGCGGCCCCGUCGCCAACCCUAGCGGCCCCGUCGCCGCCAGCGGCCCCGUUGCCGACCCUAGCGGCCCCGUCGCCGCCCCUAUCGGCCCCGUCGCCGCCUCUAACGGCUCCGUCGCCGCCACUUGCGGCCCCGUCGCCGCCCCUUUCGGCCCCUCCUCGACCCUGCCCCGGCCCCGCCUCGGCCAUGCCCCGGUCUAG